AAUUACACAGUUGAGAAAAAGUCACGCAUUCACGAUCCGCCAUGGUAGUACGUGUACGCUUUAGCAUAAAUGGUCUACCAGCAGUGGAGCUGCAGACAUACAACAAAUACUAUAUAGGAACUCGUCAACACUACGAAUUCUGUCUACAGCAUGAGAGCAUCGAGCAGGAUCACGCCGUUAUCCAUUGUGUACGCAAUGGCGAAGUAGAUGUUGUGACCUUAAUGGGUCGUAUUUUUGUGAAUGGGCGUGAGGUGAGAGUACAGGAAUUAACGCAAAGAGAUGCAAAUGAGGAUGGUGUGGUACGCCUUCGUAUUGGGGAUGUUGAGGCUGAAAUGAUUUUUGAAACUGACGAGAGUUCUGAGAAGACUAUCGAUGUACCAACUACCUAUGAAGCACUAUUUGAAAAACGUGAAACUGAAAAUAAGUAGAUGCCAGAUACUGCAUUUUAAAAAAGACCAACUGAAUGCACUGGGCCCACACAAAAAGAGUUCAUUACAUGAAGAAACUGCUUAUCAGAUUUUUCAUAUUUAAUCAAAAAUUUUUCGUUUAUAGUUUUUAUUUUUUUAAUAAUACAAAUAAACAUUUCGUUCAAUCGGUCAA